UGGGAACAGAGUCCUAGUUUUCUUUGGUGUCUGACACUUCCAAUCCCAGUUUUGGGUCCCAGCAAGACUUUAUCCAAGACGAGCCCAGAGACGAGGAACCAAAGAUACUAACUAGAGGAGCUGUCUCCUGCGCUAAGUAGGAAAUAGCAGCGAUGGGGGAAAAAAAGUUAAAUAAGAAUAAUGUCUUUGUACCUUGAUGGGAGUGCGCCCUUUGAUAAUAAUUUACCAAUUGAUUUGGUAAUCAUCGGACUUGAGAUGUUCUCAACUUGAAGAUCUGACAUUAAGUGGUCAACCUUCCCCUGCUGGGGUAGUUGUGGGAGCCGAGUGCCGGAGUGCGAGUGUCUCCUGUGACAGACAGGUCGUCCCAUCUGCACCACCCCUCGCACUUGCAUCCUUUGUGGAAAGACCGACAGCUUCCAGCUCGGGGAGCCGCUGCCGACCGAGCACUCCUGGAGAGGACCAAGGAGAUGAACCAAGACGAAGGGGCUCAGAGAUGUUUCAAGACACGAUGUCCACCCAGUGAAAGGAACCUGGGCGGCUUCGGUGCCGUCUGAGCAAGGCGGAAAUGUAACACCAGUUACCCGAGAGAGAGGGAGAGAGAGAAAUAAAGUUCAAACAACAGUGGAGAUGGUGACUGGGCAGCUCGGCUCUUCCUCCUGGCGAUGGUAAAAUAGGGUCGAUGCGCUCGGUGCAUGUUCUGGCUGCGAUCUGCUGAGACAAGAUUUAAUCCUCUUCUCGUUGCUUCAUUCAGGAAGACGACAGCACUAUGAUAGCAACAGGCGGUGUAAUAACGGGACUUGCAGCCCUGAAAAGACAGGACUCAGCGAGAUCACAGCAUCUUCAUCAUCCUCCUCCUGCUCCAGAGAAAAGGAGAGUCAAACGCAAGCCGAAACCUGAUGUUGUUGUUGUAAGAGGCAAAAUCAGACUGUAUUCCCCAUCAGGAUUUUUCCUUUUUCUUGGAAUUUUAAUUUUAAUAGUUGGGAUUGCAAUGGCAGUUCUUGGAUAUUGGCCACAGGAGAUGGACAAGAAACAUCCUGCAACGUCCAAAUCUGGGAUGUCAGAUAAUGGGUCUCAUGUAAUAUCAGACCAUGCUGGAGUUUUAGUGGAAUUUUUUGAACAGCACUUACACUCUGACAAAAUGAAAAUGAUUGGCCCUUUCACAAUGGGGAUUGGGAUAUUCAUAUUUAUAUGUGCUAAUGCUAUACUGCAUGAAAAUAGGGACAAAGAAACAAAAGUGAUACAUAUGCAAGAUAUUUAUUCUACAGUCAUUGAUAUCCAUAGCCAAAGAAUUAAAGACCAAAUACAUAUGAAUGGGGCUUGGACUGGCCACUCUGGGGAUUCUAAUCUCAAAUGUUAUGACAACCAAUGUACAGCUAAACUGGCUGCAAAUGUACUGCUGUCAUUUUCGGGAUCAUCGAAGGAUAGAAUCGCUGCAACAAAAUGGAACUCUUAUGAUGAAGAGGAUGGACUACCCAAGGAAAUCAACAUGCUUUUACACCCCAAAACCUCAACAGCAUCAGGCACCUUCCAUAGGAUGCAGACAGAAGCUCAGAAAGAGAGAAGCAGCAAUUCUAAAAAGUGUGAGACCAAGUCUAUUGUCUCAUCAUCUAUCAACGCUUUCACUCUCCCCGUCAUUAAACUUAACAACUGUGUGAUCGAUGAGCCCGAACUUGACAAUAUCACAGAGGAUUCUGAGCUCAGUAAAGGUAGGGAAAGACACUCGUCUAUGGCUUCCUUAACAGUACCAUCAACCGAUGUCAAUGACUCUUACAAACCACUUAAUCCACGUCUAUCAAGAAGCAACACUACUGCAGGAGGUGGAAACUGCACUUUCCCACCUUGUGCACCUUCUGAAACAUCCAUGGGAAAAUUUCUAUCACCUGGUUUUCCCAAGAAAGAGUUUGGAUCAAACAAUUCCCUUCAUAUAUUGUCCUGUCACUCAAAGUCUUUGGACUUGGAGAGAGGACCGUUAACACUUACAGUUCAAACAGAACAAAGAAAGCAUCCAAGUUGGCCGAGACUUGAUCGUAGUAACAGCAAGGGUUAUGUGAAACUGGAGAAUAAAGAGGAUCCUAUGGACACACUACCUGCACCACAAACCCCUGUAAAAGGUGGCUAUACAAAUAAAGAGAAAUUACUAAUGAUCUCUAGAUCUCAUAAUAACCUAAGUUUUGAAAACAAUGAAUUUUUAGAUAACAAGUUAAGACAUGGAGCUUCAGAAACAAGAUUUUGAAGGUGUACUGCUCUCUAUCAUGUUUAUAUUUUAAAGUACUAAUAAAUGUAUUUGCGAGAAAUGCAUGUCUAUUUUAAAGAGACAUUAUUUUCAGCUAAAAAAAAUAAUAUUUGUAAGUUGUGAUCUGAACUGACAUCUUUAGUUCCAUGAUUUUUUUCAUGCUGAUAUGGAGCAUUGACAUAUUUCAUGCUUGUUGUCAGUUCUGCAUUAACCAGCUGCUCAGGUAUUGACCGAGUUCAAGUCUUAGUCCAGACUGACUAUAACACCAGAACAUCUUUACCUUUAGUUUAUCCCUCAAUCCAUAAUGGACAGGCUUUAUUUAUCUUUGAAGUGGUCUUAAAUCCACACCAAGGAAGUAUUAUACUAGUUAUUUAAGAUAUUUGAACAUCAAUUGAAUGAUAAAUUGAGAUGCAGAUAUUUGUAUUUCUAGUACAAGAUUUGAGCCAAUAUAUUGGAUUUCAAAUGAUCAGAUAUUUUGUUAUAACUCCAUAUUAAUGUCCAUAAUAUAUAUUUUGCUAUUUUUAAAACAAAAUAAAAGUGCGCAUCAUUCAA